AUGGCGCUGUGCGGCCGCUCCGCGCUCCUCCCGCCGCCCCCGAGGCACCGGCCCCGGCCCCGAGCCCCGGGGCCUUUCGUCAGCUGCAGUCGCCUCCGAAACAUUCAGAGCAUCCUGACCCAGAGCAGCAAAUCUCAGCCUGAUGGAAUCCUCUGCAUUUUAGGGAUAGACAGUCGAUACAAUGAAGGGUGCAGGGAGCUGGCAAAUUAUCUGCUCUUUGGUUUGUACAACCAGAACAACAACGACUUUGAAAGGACUGGCUUUCCUGAGGAAGUUCUGGAUGAUAUAAUCAUAUUAAUAAAACCUGACAGUGUUCAUCUGUACUGCAACCCUGUGAAUUACAAUCAUCUUUUGCCCUAUGUGGCACACUGGAGGAACUUGCAUUUCCACUGCCUGACUGAAAAUGAGUAUGAAGAUGAAGAAGCUGCAGAGGAAUUUAAGAUUUCCAGCUUUGUGGACAUGGUCCGGGAUUGCAGCCGCAUCGGGAUCCCCUACAGCUGCCAAGGUCACCUGCAGAUAUUUGACAUGUUCAUCGUGGAGAAGUGGCCGAUCGUCCAGGCAUUCGCGCUCGAGGGGAUCGGCGGCGACGGCUUCUUCACCAUGAAAUACGAAUUAAUGGAUGUCAGUGCUGACUUGUGGAAGACCUACAGCAAAAUGGAUCCUGUGUCCUUGGAGGAUUUGCUCUUUGAGGAUUUAAUGAUUUUUGAGCACCAGUGGACCAACUUUUUUGCAAAUUUUGACACUGAAAUUCCCUUCAUUCUGGAACUCUCAGAAUCUCAGGCAGGGGAGCCCUUCAGAAGUUAUUUCAGCCAUGGCAUGAUCUCAAGCCAUAUAACAGAUAACAGCCCGAGCCGGCAGCCCUUCGUCCUUUUCGGCAGCCACUCCACAAAGGAAAACUUGAACUCUGGGAACUUUAAUUUUCCAUCUGAAGGACAUCUGGUCCGAAAUACUGGCCUUGGUGGAAGCACUGCCAAGCAUAUGGUAGUGCAGUGUGUAUCUCCAAAGGGACCUCUGGCUUGUUCAAGGACCUAUUUUUUUGGAGCCACUCACAUUCCUUUCCUGGGAAAUGACAAUGAGAUGCACAAGCCAGCUGAGCAAGUUACGCUGUUGUCGCAAAUAUAUUCUGCUGUUGUAGAGGCUGUGCUUGCUGGCAUUGAGUGCUAUGCUAAAACUUCCACUGAAUCCAAGGCAAAGGAAGUGGCAGAGCAGGUGCUCCUGUCUGUGUUAGACACCCUUGGCUUAGCACAGCUGAAAUCUGCUUUACGCUCCAAAAUCGCUUUUCAUAUUCAGGCUGUGAACAACCAUGGCAGAAUUAUUCCAUUAGAUAACGAGGACAGCCUGAGUUUGAUCAAAACGGCAUCCAUGAUGGUGUUUGACAUUCCAGACCUGCUCACAGGCAGAGGCUGCUUGGGGUCUGUUGUGUUUUCAGAAUCCUUCCUGACAUCCCAGAUACAGGUCAAAGAAAAAGAUGGCAGCAUCCAUCCAGACUGCAGGCACGUUAUCCUGACCUCAGCCAUCCCCAGAUUGGCGUCCUGGCUGGUUGAAGACAGUGAUGUGAAGCUGUCUGAAAAGGCACAGCAAGUAUUGAAGGAAGACAAAUCUUUCCUGGGCACUUUACUCACUGGUGGUGAUGGAGUUUAUAUCUGUUCCAGCAAUCCACAGGCCAUGCCUGAAGAAGGCAAAUUGUAUUUCUUUUCUGAUGGAAUUCUGUUCUGUGAUCCCCACCAUGGCAGCAUUUCCAUUUCCAAGAACCACAUGAGUUCCAUUUCUCUUUAUGAUGGGGAUUCCAACAGCAUCGUUGCUGCUCUCUUUAUAGACUUCAAAAGUUCCCUGCUUCCUCAUCUCCCCAUUGAAUUCCACACCCAGAACAACUUUCUGAUGUUUGCACUUUUCCCCAAAAGAAAGAUUUAUAAAGCUUUUUAUUCACAGGUUUUCUCUUCAUGGCAAAACCAGACAAACUCAGGAUUAUCUUUAAGGGUUGUCCAGGAAGAAUUCCUGUCUGAGGAACAAAAGAAAAUGCAUUCCAGUGUUCAGAAGCUCUUCAAUGCCUUGUCUUUUUCUUCUGGGGAAAGAUGCAGGGAGCUGAAACUGUCUGCUGCCAUUCCAGAAUUGGAGAGGUUUAUGCAGCAUUUCACAGUCAGCAGUGUCAGUACCAAGCCAGUGAUGAGAGCACAUCUUCCUGUCCUUCUCAAACAGUCAGAAACCAUUUCUGACAGCAAAGCAGAAGGUGAUAAGGUGAUCAUCACCAUCAUCACUGGGCUGCCAGGGUGUCGUUCCAGUGACCUCUGUUCUUUCCUGGUCACUUUUACCAAGGAGCACGGGAGGUGGAUUGUUUAUCGACAGACCAUGGAUAGUCCUGAGUGUUUCAGUGCCUCUCACUUCCAGCGUUUCCUGACUGGGCUCCUGGAGGCCCAGCAGAACCUUGGGGUCCAUCAGAACCCCCACAAUGGGAAGAGCAGGAGGCUCCUGGUGGUGCUGCAAGGGUACACUGAUGUCAUUGAUGUUGUGCAAGCUCUGCAGACUCACCCUGACCCAGAUGUGAAAUCUUCUUUCAUCAUUGGAGCAGUCAACACUUGUGUGGAGCCUCUGAGCUGCUACAUGGAACACAGGCUUCUUUUCCCCAAGUUCUUGGACCAGUGUUCACAAGGACUGGUGAGUAACGUGGUUUUCACAAGUCAUGCCACGGAGCAGAGGCACCCACUGCUCGUGCAGCUGCAGAGCCUGAUCCGAGCUGCAAAUCCUGGAGUUUCCUUCGUGCUGGCAGAAAAUGGAAUUGUAACGAGGAACGAGGAUAUUGAAUUAAUUCUCUCAGAAAGCAGUUUUUCAAAUCCUCAGAUGAUGAGAGCUCGAUAUUUAAUGUACCCUGGCUGGUACGAGGGGAAAUACGGGGCUGGGCCCGUGUUCCCUCCCAUGGUUCAGAUCUGUGUGUGGUUCAGUCGCCCUCUGGAGAAAACAAGAUUUGUGACCAAGUGCAAAGCAAUUAAGUCGUUGCUCAAGCCAAGUCCUUUUUCUGGAAACAUUUAUCACAUCAUGGGCAAAGUGAAAUUUUCAGAUGCUGAUAAAGUCAUUGAAGUCUGUCACAACACAGCAGCAAAUUCCCUAAGCCUGGUGCCUGUUCCAGAGGGGCCAACUCCUCCUGAUUCCAGAAAUGAUCCCAGAGACUGCAGCAGUCAGCAGGAAUAUUUCCUUGUGUUCAUUGGCUGCUCCCUGAAGGAAGAAGAUAUCAAAGAUUGGCUCAGAGAAACUGCAAAGCAGAAACCUCAGAGGAAAGCCCUGAAAACCAGAGGAAUGUUAACUCUUCAGGAAAUCAAAAACAUUCAUGUGAAACGUCACUUGGAUCCACUUCCAGCUGGUUAUUUUUACAAUGGGACUCAAUUUGUGAAUUUUUUUGGUGACAAAAUGGAUUAUCAUCCAUUAAUGGACCAGUUCAUGAAUGAUUACUUGGAAGAAGCCAACAGGGAAAUUGAGAAGUACAACAGGGAGCUGGAGGAGCAGGAGUACCACGACCUCUUUGAGCAGAAGACUUAAGCACGUGGGUCCUGGGUGUUUCUGACCUCAUGUCAGGAACCAAAAAUGCUAUUUUGUCCUUCUGGCUCACAAGAAAUAGAGUGAAACAUCUGUUUUCAGCACUCCUUCCCAAACUAAGGGAUUAUUCCCCUAAGGUUGGCAUUUAACACAGUAACUGCUUAGCUGUUUGUACUGUCAGGUUUGCUUCCACUUCACCUUAAUUCCAGACUGUACAAAGCAUCACCUGGAAUCUCUGGCUUGUGGUGGAAACAUGGGAAAAAAAAAGAAGAAGAAGGAGGAAAGAAGCAAAACUGGAUUUAAUUUCCUAAAAGGUCAGAAUGUAAUUGUGGAAUUGGGCCGUGGUGCAGAUAUCAAACAAUCCUUGGGUGUCCCUUGGAAAUCACAAGAGCAGGGGGGGAAUUCAGGAUUGUGGGAUUGGGGUGUUCCCAAAGCGAGAAAUGGGGGAACAGACUUUGAAGAGUCCCCAAUCCCAGAACUGUUUGGGUGUUCCCAAAGCAAAAAAUGGGGGAAUAACUAAAAGAAUUAGAAGAAUCUCUAAUCCCACAACUGCUGGGAUGUUCCCAAAGCAAGAAAUGGGGGAACAAUGGGAAAAACUCAGAACUGGAUCCCUAAUCAGCAGCUGUUGGGAUGUUCCCAAAGUGAGAAAUGGGGAAACAGUGGGGAAAACUCAGAAUUGGGUCCCUGAUCCCACAGCUCUUGGUGUGUUCCCAAAGCGAGAAAUGGGGGAACACUUUCUCAGAGUCCCUGAUCCCACAGCUCCUGGGAUGUUCCUAAAAUGAGAAAUGGGGGAACAGUGGGGAAAACUGUGAAGAGCCCCUGAUCCCAGAGCUGUUGGUGUAUUCCCAAAGCAAGAAAUGGGAGAAUGAUUCAAAAACUUAAAAAUUGCUGAAUCUGCAGCUGUUGGGAUGUUCCCAAAGCGAGAAAUGGGGGAACAGUGGGGAAAACACAGAACUGAGUCCCUAAUCCCACAGCUGCUGGGGCAUUCCCAAAGUGAAAAAUAUGGAAACAGUGGGAAAAACUCAAAAAAGGCCACAAACCCAGAGCUGUCAGGAUGUUCCCAAAACGAGAAAUGGGGGAACAGUGGGAAAAACUCAGAACUGAGUCCCUGAUCCCACAGCUCUUGGGUAUUCCCAAAAAGUGAAAAUUGUGGAAACAGUGGGAACGACUCAGAAAAGUCCCUAAUCCCAGAGUUGUCAGGAUGUUCCCAGAGCAAGGGAUUCAGGAACAGUCCCACCCCCACCCUUGCCCGGGCACAGCCCAUCUCAAAACCUCAGCACAGUUUGAGUCUGCACUCGAAAUUCUGACUUUAAAGAAAAGCUAUUUAUACAUUUCAGGGUGAAAUCAGUGGAGAAAUCUUAAUUUCUUCCCAGUGCUCUCAUUGGGAUUCUGGAAAAUAUUUCCUUGCUGGCAGCAAUGUGCACCUUGCUGUUGCUUAGAUUAUCCCUGGAGGAUUCCUAUUUCAGUCCUAAAAAUUAAGCGAGGCAAGGCAAGGAGGGGAUUCUUCAGCUGAAGAAUUCCUUUUCACAAAGAUGAGUGAUUUCCAAAGGUAAAAAAUAGCAAAGGAUGUUACUUGAAAGAGGCAGGAUCACGUUUGUGGAGCUUCCAGAAGAGUUUGCACGCUGUUAACAUUUCACUGUGCUGGUGAGAAAAUCAGCUUUUAAGUACUUGCAACAGAAUUUUUAUUGUUCCUAAAUGAUAGAACAGGAAUGCUGGCAGCCUGUCCUGACUUAAUUCAGUAUCUUUUUAAAGGAGGCUUUAUAAAUCCCUGACUGAAGGAUUAUAAAGUACCUUAGCAGCUACUUACAGGUAAUUAUUGGAGUUUAUUUGAAUAAGCUGAUUAUUGUAGCAUGCAUGUGUUCAGAAUUUAGGUGAGAACAGCCCAGCAGGAAUUGUUUUAUUUUCAUAUUCCUUUGCCUUAGGGACAGCUCAAUCUUUUACUGCAACUGCAGCUUUUCUUUAUGACCAGAUGUUUGUGAUACAGGAAGAAAUGGAAUGAAAAAAUCUCUUGCAGGAGACUUAAAAUAUUUCAAAUGUAUCUGCACAGCCUCAUCCCGUGGCAGGAAAAUGAGAUUUAACCCCUGCCAUCAAACCAGAGGCUAAAUUAGAGUUUAUGCUUUACUAAAGAGAUGUAUUUUUUACCUUUGGAAUAUAAAAUAAGUGAAAUUUCAGUGACCUGAAGCACAUUUUAGGUGGCUUUGGUCUUCAUUGCUGGGUGUCUGUCCUGUGAGUGUUCCACAGUGCAGGGGUGGAAUUCCAGGUGCUGCAAGCUGGGAUAGAAAAAAUAUUGCUAAGGUUUCAUCCCUCACUUUUCCUCCUAGAUAUAAAAAAGCUGUCUGAAUCGAAGACUUUAAUAUUUUGUUUUAUUUUUUAUUUGCACACCACGAGACUUUAUAUAAAAAAAAAAACCUACUUGUAUCCUGUUAGAGGCCAGUAAAAGCCAGCAAUUAGUUUGUGUUUUUAGGCUUUCCUGGGUUAUUCCCUGGAUCACAAGUGUGGAGCAUCCUGAUAAAGCUCGUGAGUUUUAUCUAUGCAUGGCUAAAUUUUAGUCUUAAUAUCCUGUAGUGCCUGUAGAGCAAAGGUAGCUAGCAGUGGGUUUGGGAGGGGAGGAGCUGCCAGGGGUUUACAGCUAAAUCCACUUGGUUGCAUGAAAUUCUUUCACAGCCCAGAAUUUUUUAGGAAUCCCAAAAUUCUGGUGGUAGAGCUGCAAUGGAAAUGGAACUCCCAAUUGGAAUUGCUUUGCCAAUGAAUUCAGUGUAAACCCAGCUGUUCCAGUCCCAGUUCUCUCAUCUGCAAAGCCAUAUUUUUUAGAGUAGUGGGAUGUGAUGUGGGAAGAAAUUCCAGUGGUUGGGACAGCAGGCACGUGGUGGAGGCUUUGUCUCAACUCCUGAGUGGAUACAGAGUAGAUUUAAGUGCAAUUGAUUGAAAAAUAGAUGAAGAUGCUGUAGCUGAUUUUUUUGCUCUGCUGAACUCUUUUUAAGAACUCCAAUUUGUGCAGCUCUCAAAUCAAUAUGAAUGGGGCUGAUCCAGCUGGAAUUCCAAGCCCUGUGAACAAAAAACAAAACAAAACAAAACAAAAAGAAAUAAUUGGGGUAUGACUGUGCAAAUUGAGCUGUUCCUUAAAAAUUGGAGCAGAAGAGCUCGGAACAAAGGCCUAGAACCCUCCUGUGCUGUGCUGCAUGUGCUCUAUGGUCAUAGCUGUGUAUUACAAAGACCUUUCACCAGACUGGUACUGGCUCAAUUCAUGUAUUUUGGUAUUUGAAAGAAAUUGAUUACCUCAAUUUUUAUCAUUUAUUUUUGAACUGUGACUUUCAACCAGAACGAAAAAGAAAAAAAAAAA